ACAGAUUCACCAGCCAUCACAACCAGACCCUUCUCUACAACCUGUUUGACAUAGUACAAAGGGCCGCCGUGCCUAUAGCCGUUGUAGGCAUCACCACACGAGACGACAUCUAUGACAUGUUUGAGAAGCGAGUCCGUUCCCGCUUUUCGCACCGCUUUAUACACGUCUACAACACGCUCACGUUUGAGCAGUAUUCGCAAACGGCCCACAACCUGCUGACUGUUCCAGAGGAUGUUGCAACCUCCAGUGUGGCCAUGAAGAGUGUGUGCAAGGAGUGGGACGCACACACUACGGCGCUAUGUGCCUCGCCUAAGGCUCUCACAGCGCUGCGCAACCAGUAUGAAUUAGACGCCAGCAUACGUUCACUGCAACUGUUUCUGUUGCCGUUGGUUAGUCGACUCAGCGUCAACUACAACGGCACCGUCAACACGCGUAGUGUGUCGGCCGAGGCCUUCUUUGCGCGUGUCACGGAGUUGCGGAAAGACGAGAAGAUUGUGAUUCUGAAAGGUCUGACGUCGUUAGAGCUUGCGUUGCUGAUCGCACUCGUCUGUUUGGGGUCGAAGCACGGAAUAGAGACAUUCAACUUCGAAAUGGCCUACAACGAAUACAAAGAGUUCUGUAUCGGCAAGACAACCAAGGCCACGGGGACUAUCCCGCUGUUCAGCAAACCUGUGGCUAUGAAGGCUUGGGAACGGCUGGUGCAGCUUGAAAUGGUGGUGACCGCGCCGGGCAAUACAAAGACUGUGACGAAACGCCACAAAACACACUACAUCACUAUAUCGCCUGCAUUGUUAAACAUAGCACUACAGCAGCACAUCGACUGUCCCACGGCUCUGGUGAGGUGGGCUACGGCUGGGAUAGCGUCUAGCUAUGCGUAUGAGGUGUAGCAUAGGCCUUGAUUGGGCGAGGGCAAGGCAUCUGGUGGUGCGUCUAAGGUAUAGAUACCAUGCACCUCCACCUCAUUGCGAGCUUACUGUUUGCAUCUCAUUUACGAGCUUACUGUUUGAAUGGGUAUGGACGUUAGUAUGUUGGCGGAAACCAUGUGCGCUACAAGUCGUUGUGUAGGCUCCGCUUGCAAGUGGUUUCUGUUUAUCCAGAACUGCGACGGUUGCACUUCAGUGCUGGCCACCUUAUGCGAAAUCUAAAUUUAGUAUAUAAUAAAGAAAAUGACAAGGACUAUUCGAAAAAACCAAUAAAGACGAAUAAAAAGAAGUACACGCAA